AUGAUCAAAUCAACGCUAAUCUUUAGAGACGAUGGUCUCCCACUAUGCUCAUCUGUGGACGAUGAUACCGACUCGCAAUUGUCUGAACAGAGAAAGAAGGUCAAAGUAUUGGUGUCGAGACUGACGCCAAACUCGGCUGACGAAGCCACGCUCGAAAGUGGGAGUUUUGAAAUUCAUUACAUUCGUGAAAACAUGGCAGCGUAUUUUGUCAUUGCUGAGAAAGGGUACCCCAGAAACUUGGCGUUUUCCUACCUGAAGGAGGUGGCCCAGGAGUUUGAACAUUCCUACGGCAACGAGUACGGGAAACCCUCGGUUCGUCCUUAUGCAUUUGUCACAUUUGAUAACUUUUUGCAGAAAACCAAGAAGCUCUACAGCGACAAACGGGUCCAAAACAACUUGGAUCAGCUGAACCAAGACCUGAGCGGCGUCAAGCAAAUAAUGACCAAAAACAUCGAAGACUUGCUCUACCGAGGAGACUCUCUAGAUAAGAUGAGUGAUUUGAGCGCAUCAUUGAGACAAAAUUCCAAGAAGUACCGCAAAUCGGCACAGAAGAUAAAUUUCGAUUUACUGAUCAGUCAAUACGCUCCGAUUGCAGUUGUGGCAUUUGUGCUUGUGUUUCUGAUCUGGUGGGUGUUCUUGAAAAGCAAGUAG